GUCGCGACGUCUUAUUAACGCGAAAAUCAAAAGCAAUAAGAGUCUUAAUUGGCCAAUUAUGACAUUGCCCAGGAGUCAACGACAUGUGCAAACGCAACAUGGAGAUGAGCACACUGCGGAUAUAAAGAAUAUAUUUCUUUUCCAAGCUGCUUUGCAAGACAACCAACCAAAUGCGGCUGAUGCUGCUGUUGAUGCGACAGCAACUGUUGCUGCUGAAGAUAAAGCUGUUGAAGGCAAGGAGUGUGUGUGGAUACAUGAUAGUGAUGCCAAUGAUGAUCGUGAGAGUCCACCAGCUCAAUUGCCCGAAAAACGCAAAGCGCCAAUUACUAUAGAAUCACCUGCUGCGCCAGCUAAAAAGAAAGCCAAAGUUGAUACUAAAGAACUAAAAGCUACACGACCUGGAUUCAAUGAGGAGCGCUAUGAUGAAACAUCUUAUUAUAUAGAAAAUAGUUUGCGCAAGGUUUAUCCUUAUUUCUUUACCUUCACCACCUUCACAAAGGGCCGUUGGGUGGGCGAAAGCAUUUUAGAUGUGUUCUCACGUGAGUUUCGCGCACAGCCGCCGGAGGAAUACAAGCGCAGCAUUGAGGCGGGCACAUUGACUGUUAACCAUGAACAGGUGCCCAUAGAUUAUAAACUAAAGCAUAAUGAUUUGCUUGCCAAUACGGUGCACAGACAUGAAGUUCCGGUCACAGCUCAACCAAUUAGCAUAGUGCAUAUGGAUGAACAUAUAGUUGUAGUUAAUAAGCCAGCUUCAAUACCGGUGCAUCCCUGUGGACGUUAUAGGCACAACACAGCUAUAUUUAUAUUAGCCAAGGAGUUUAAUCUAAGAAAUCUGCUUACAAUACAUCGCUUGGAUCGCUUGACUUCAGGCUUGCUGCUCUUUGGACGCACCAAGGAGAAGGCACGUGAGCUGGAGCAACAAAUACGCAAUAGACAAGUGCAAAAGGAAUAUGUUUGUCGCGUUGAAGGACAUUUUCCAGACGGUCUAAUUGAAUGUAAUGAACCCAUAGAAGUUGUAAGCUAUAAAAUAGGCGUUUGUAGAGUAAGUGCCAAGGGCAAGGACUGCAAGACAACGUUCAAGAAGUUGGCACAAGCGGACAACUAUAGCAUUGUACAAUGUAAGCCGCUGACUGGACGCAUGCAUCAGAUACGCGUGCAUUUGCAAUAUUUGGGCUUUCCCAUUUUAAAUGAUCCGCUGUACAAUCAUGAAGUGUUUGGUCCUUUAAAAGGACGCGGCGGCGACACAGGCGGCAAGACGAGCCAGCAGCUUAUUAAUGAUUUAAUUAAUAUACACAAUGCAGAAAAUUGGCUGGGCAUUGAGGGUGAAGUGCAGCUGCCCUUAGCUCAAGACAAUGAUGUUGCGCUUAGCAGUCCAGUCCAAGUGGUGGCCACAGCUGUAGCGCCUAAGACGUUGCUUGAACAUAAUGUUGCUACACAAACUGGACAUGAUGAGCCUGAUAGCUGCUAUAAUGCAGCUAAACUCACUACAGAUCCAAAUUGCAAUGAAUGCAAAAUAACAUAUCGUGAGCCACAGCCAAAGGACUUGGUAAUGUAUUUACAUGCGUGGAAAUAUAAGGGCAUUGGCUGGUCGUAUGAAACCAAGCUGCCCAGCUGGGCUUUUGUGGAUAAAAUCGCAGCAUAAUGUACAAAAUACUUAAGUGUUAGCAUUGCAAUAAAUAGUUUGCA